AUGUGUGAUUCUAAAGAACAAUAUAGUGUUGAUGAACAAGGAUUUGAAAAGCACGUAUUUCGGGCCUUGGGAAUGGAGACAUGUCCACGACGUGAAGCUAAAUCAAUCGAAAAUAUAUUAGAUUGUUGUGGCGUGCGACAUCAUGGUGAUGCUUAUAGUGUUAGUAUUUUUACUUGUAAAACAUGUGAUUUUAAAACUUCGUUUCAAUACAAUGAAGCAGCAGACAGAUAUUAUUAUGAAAUUUCAAACUGA